GAUAGAAUUUCUUACGGAAUUACAAAGAAAAAGAAAAGAAACUCCAAAAAGGAGAAAUGGAAGAAACACAAACUGCGCGCGGGAAUUCAAUGGCAGCUCCGGCGAUUUUCUUCCUCGUGUUCUCUUUUCACUUCGCCUCCAAAUGUCUUGAUUCCUACACAAAGAAGAAAGGAUCAAUUGAUGAUGUGGAUGCUCAAUUGCGAGCGGAGAUUAACAAGCUGUUGAAGGAGGCCAGUUCCUUAUCACAGCCCUCAACAUUUGCACAAGCUGCAAAGUUAAAAAGGAUGGCCGCAGCAAAGGAGAAGGAACUUGCAAAACAUCAGGAAAUGCACGACAAAGACAUAAAAUCUUCAUUUGAUAAAUAUGGAAAGCCCUUAAUGAUAUUAAAGGUUCUCAUGUAUGUUCUGCUGACUUUUUGGUUUUGGCGAGCGCCAGUCGCUACAAUACCUAGUCAACUUGCGCAACCCUUCGGUAAGAUGUUGUCUUGGACAGCAGGUCCAUCUAUAAAGGACAAUGUUAAGGUUGGGAUCAUUCCAUGGAUGGUAAUUUCCUUCAGAGUUAGCAAGCUUAUCUGCAGGAAGAUGUUGAAGUUUAAGUAAACUACUGUUGAGAGAGAUUUUGGUUAGCCUCUUGCCUUUCCAUUUGUUCUUCUGUAAUCAUUUGUAUUUCAAUUUCUAUCAACAUGUACACAUCUAGUUCAGUCCAGUCUAGUCUGAUCUAUAGUUAAAACAACGCCUUCGUGUCUUCGUAAAAAUUUAUCCUCCGGUUGAAACGACACUGUCUUUGUCCAAUAAACAAUCAGUUUCGCUAAUUAUUAUCAAUAAAUCUUGAUCCACAUGUCAUUACAAUUAA